AUGGAGAUUUUCGUUUCUGCUUUGAUGGGUGAACUCAUAUCAAGAUCCAUGAGUUCCAUCAUCAACAAAUACUCCAAGCCACCGGCGGAGGCCGUGGAGGCUGGCUUAGAGAGAAUUCUACUCAGGGGGCAGGUCAUCAUCGACGAGGCCAUGGGGCGGCACAUCACAAACCAUGGAAUGCUCGGGCAGCUUAGCAUGCUAAGGUAUGCCAUGUACCAAGGCUACUAUGUGUUUGACACCUUCAGAUGCCAACCAUACCAAGAGGAGCAGAAUAAUUUGGCUGCGAGUCAAUGUGGGGCGGUGUCUAAAUUUCGUUAUGCACAACGGCUCUGCGUCUCCAGCAGCAACAGCAAAAGAACAUCACAAGGGCUUGAAGAGGCCCUCGACGGUUUGAGAUCCAUGAUUCUUGAUGCCAGCGAGAUGGUCAGGUUCCUGACAACAUAUCCUCGCAUGCAUCGUCAGCCUUACAGCAUGCAUCUCUUGCUGGAGAAGUGCAUGUUUGCCCGCCAGAGGGAGACAGAAGUGGUGAUCAACUUCUUGCUGUGCACAGAAAUACAAUCUUGUACUAGUUGCUUUGAUGUCCUCCCUAUUGUUGGUCCAGACAGUGUUGGAAAGAGCACUCUUGUCGCUCAUGUCUGUGAAGAUGAAAGAGUACGUCACCAUUUCUCACAGAUUGUUUCUUUCAGGCAUGAUAAUUUCAUAAUUCAAGAUAUAGCCUCUUUGGAAGGCAGAUGUGCACCGAGACAUGAGAAUAAGGGGAGAUUGCUGAUUGUUGUCGACAUAGUUGGGGAUCUUGACGAAGAUCUGUGGGAAAUCAUGUGCUCUAUUUGCCGACAGAGCACUACAAGUGGUAGCAAAAUCAUCAUCACAAGCCGAUCUGACAAGAUCACAAAGCUUGGAACAACACACACUUUAGUGCUGAAGCAUCUGUCUCAUGAGGCAUUCUGGUAUUUUUUCAAAGUGGUUACGUUUGGAAGCACGGAUCCCAAGAUGCACCCGAGGCUUGUCUGUUUGGCAAUGGAGAUAGCAGAAUCUCUGAAUGAUAAUCUUGUUGAUGCAAACAUGACCGCAAGUGUAUUGAGAGCUAGUUUUAACAUCAAUUUCUGGUGCAAGGUUCUGGCAUUCCGAAGAGGGUACAUACAAAAUCAGCUCUGUAAGUUUGGUGAGCAUCCGCAUGAACUUCUGAGUGAGAAUAGACCUGUGUAUUUUCAACCAAUGGGCACAACUACUGAAGAUAUUCUUGUUCUUGGUACUAAUCAGACAUGCUCUUCCAAAGAGGAAGUUCCCAAGAUAAUGGCCAUAGAUGUUCUGUACGGAACCGCUAGGCCUCAAGGGGGAACAUUUAAGGUCCUUGCAUGGAAAUCUCUGAUACCACCCUACCAUUGCUACAUCCAAACUUAUGAGAUUCGAGAGCUGCAAGCUAGAGCGGUGAAGAGGAAGCGCCCUCUGAUGAAUGGUAUUAGACGUGUUUAG